AUGGAUCGCCCGGGGCGAGGAUCCACGCGCCCCGGCCGGACCGUGCACGUUCGGGGUUACCGGGCCGCGUGGAAAGUACGGAACGGUAAGAAGCUGCAGCCCAGCUAGUGGGCGGAGCGAGGAGACCUAGGAGGGUUCAAAAGGAGGUGGAAGGAUACACGGGCCACAGUCGGAACUACUUUUCGAAGGAGGUCACGUGUGUUCCUAGUUGGGGAACUUUCCAAAUUCCCACUCCCCAGUGAUACCUCCGGAGGCAACUACUGUUCCUUUGCUCGGGGUGCUCUCGCCUGGUGCAGGCAGCGGGACCCCAGCCUUUCCCUCGCCGCGGCGGAAACAGGGGUUCUCACGAGCCUCCCGAAGGAGCGCUGUCGGGGCUGGCGCUUGGGGAGCUGGUUACACAAGCACCCACUUACAAACACGUGCCCCCGCCUCCCCGCCUGCUGGCUGCCGCCGAUUCUUACGGAACGCGGGGAGAAAGUCCCCAAGCUGGUCCGUUGCCUGCUACUCCUUGCCUACUACCCUGAGAGCAAGCCAAAGGACCGAGACCUGAGACUAUUUGCUCUAGGUCGACCUACACUGCGCCUUCCCAAACGUGGGAAAAGGAGCUGGGCGCUAGGGGUCUCGGUCCUCUCCCUGGCUGAUGCCCUGCCCCUUAGGAUGAACCCUUUGCUUCUGUGCUCGCGGGUAUCUCCUGCUGCAGCCCGAAGCUUGCAUUCUCCGAUGUUGCAACAGAUGUCCAGUAGCACUACCCCUGAGCUGGUGAGCGCGCCCCACCUACUGUAGACUCAGCUAAGUGACUUAUCUGGUCCGAGAACCUACUCCAUGGUGGUCAGGCCAGAACAAAUCUGUCAACUCUGCUUACAGCCCCAAUUGGGCUGACCUGUGGCCGCGAGAGAGCUAGUUCAAAAAUGCUGAGAAUUGGAUCGCACUCAUUUUACCUCGCACCCCACCAGUCAAGGACUACAAAGCAAGUAGUCGACGCGCUUAAAGAGAAUAAGCAUCAACACCAGUCUAGGAUUUUAUUGUUUUUUCAUUUCCCUUAGCAAGUAGAACCCCAAACGACAAUGUGAGUCAAAAAAUAUCUAAUGAGACCUAGGUUGAAGAACAGAAUUGUUUUUCAAAAUUUGAGAGAAUGCGAAUCAAUCUGCAUGUGUGUUCAGUAAUUGUGAGUAGGUGCCUAGGAAAGUCUGAAGAGGAUUUAUGCUGUAUUUGAGAAAGAGGACUGUAUAAUGUGCACAUCGUAGUUGCAGGCAACCUCUGAAAACUAGACACCCCCAAGAGACCUAGUGCAGAAAGCCACAGGCCAUUACCUAACUCCGGGACUACUAAUUAAACCUAGACUAUUUACAGUGUUCUUAGAGAUCUCUGAGGCUCCAUAAAACUCUGCACUUAUAUACAGCAUUUAAGAUAGCUCUGCAGGAGUUCACAACCUGCUGAAGCUUCAGCGUUGAUAUUUAUUGAAGGUCGGUUUUGUGCAUAGUUCUGGUCAGCUUGGGAAAGCCAAGGACCACAGUGGAAAAGGAAAUGGAAAGCAACCAGAAAAGAAUAAGAGAAAGGCCUCCAGUUGGUUUCCAAACAUGCAGAUUCUGUCCACACAGCCUAGAGUGAAUUACAGAUUUCAUUAUUUUACAAAUAACCAAGGAUAUGGAGUUCAUGAUGUCUAGGUGUUCUACAAGAUUGCACGGUAAAAAACAGAGCUGUGCUUAUCAACUAGUGUGUGGUAGAAAAAUGGGAAAUGAAGAUGAACCUUUAAAAGGGGAGUAGAUUAGGGAAGGGUAAAAUGUCUCACAUUUGUUUCUCAGGUUGCUGAUCUUGUCCCCAGAGUCCCUGUUAUUAGCACUGCCCUACCCUGCCCCUCCCCUCAAGCCUACCCUAAGUGACAAUUAGUAUCAUAGCAUUUGAGAACCUCUGAAAUCUGCUUUCACGGAAAAUGAAACAAGGUGCAUUCCUCUUCCUGGUGUGAGAGGAUCCUCUUCAAUUCCAUGGCAGAGUUACUCUGGAGCAGAGAGGAUUUGCAUCACCAGCAUUAAAGUGCUGGAAUAUGAGACCAGCCUAUAAGUACUUCCAUCUAGCUAAAGAAAAAAAAUGGGAAAUAGUUUGCUGCUCCUCUAAACAUCAGGUCCCUCUACUUCUCUCUAGUGGUAUAUGAAAGGAUCAUCAAUGUUGGCAGAUGUUUGGCCAUCCUGACAAGCAACAUCAGGUGGUUAUUAGAAGUUGCUGAAUAAAAUCCUCCUCCUGUACCUAGUGUUGUUUCUAAAAGAAAUACUGAUGCAUCCUUUUCCAAUUUUUUUUGUUUUUCUUUACCUUUCUCCCUAAAUGGCUGGCUCUAUCUAAAGUAAAGAAAGUUUCAAAUACAUAUAUAUUUUUAAGUUCAAUUGAAAAUACCUGCUUGGCUGUACAGAUAUUACAAUACACUAGUCUCCAAGCACUUCAUUUCUUUACCUGUCUGGAUGCAGAACCAGAAUGCCAUAGUGAGAAGCAGAAGUUUGUAACAAAGGGAGAAUUAUAUAAAGCUUCAGGAUGACUAUGUAGAAUAAUUAGUGAGCAUGAUAAGCCAGCUUUAAUUACAGUUUCUAACAGCUGAUUCCAAAACUCUGUUUUUACUAAGCCAAAAUAAUGUCCAAAUAAACUUUCUUAUUUUCUUUGAUAAACGAAAUGACCAGCAACUUGAUGUGGAUGAUAUAAAUACUUGAUGUGCUCUUUGUAGGUCCUCUGCUAAAAUGUCUUUUGUGUAAACACUCUGAUUGUUAUAGUGCCUUUCUCAUCUCCCACACACUGACCUUUCAAAAAGGGAUCUAACUCAAUGGCUUUAAUUUUUAAACAAUCUUCUCUAUUUCUGUUUACUGUUUUCUAAAUAAUACAGAAUAUAAAAAUAUAAUAAUCA